UAAUUUAGCAGUUUUUGCUUCAUCAGCCUUUUGCAGUUUUCCAUGCUUCAGUAUUCUUAGAAUGGUAUCUUCUGCCUCUAUAGGUCCCAGUUAUAAACCUUUCAUACAAUUUCAUUCAAUCCACACGUUAUAUUUAUCACAGAGUCUCCUACUCUGGAGGCUUUUAAGCAGAGCCUGGAUGGCUAUCUCUCAGGAGUGCUUUGACUGUGUAUUUUUGCAUGGCAGGAGGGGAUUGGACUGCAUGGCCCUGGAGGCAUCUUUCAAGUCUGUGACUCUAUUAGAUUCUCAAGAAUUGUUCUGCUGCUAUUUUGAUUUGAUGUGUACCAUCUGCUUUCCACUGCAGGUCUGAAGGUCAUUGUCGGUGCCCUCAUCCAGUCCAUCAAGAAACUUGCAGAUGUGAUGAUCCUGACGGUCUUCUGCCUGAGCGUCUUUGCCCUUAUUGGCCUCCAACUCUUUAAGGGGCACCUGAGACAUAAAUGUGUCAAGAACUACACAGAGUAUGUCAACCAGAGCAAACGGCUGCAGCAUCCCAAUGAGACAUCGAUUCCCAAUGAACACAACUUGAUGUCCUAUCAGGAGUUCAUUCUCAAUGCAGAUAAUUACAUCCUUAAGAAUGACACUGAAGACUAUUUAUUGUGUUCUAAUAGUUCAGAUGGUGGCUCCUGUCCACGACAUUCUGUUUGCCUGAAGGUUGGAGGUAACCCCGAUUAUGGAUUUACAAGCUUUGACACUUUCGGAUGGGCCUUUCUCUCCUUGUUCCGUCUUAUGACACAGGAUUACUGGGAACGCCUUUAUCAACAGACUCUCAGAGCUUCAGGGAAGAUCUAUAUGCUGUUUUUCAUGCUGGUCAUCUUCCUGGGAUCUUUCUAUCUGGUCAACCUGAUCCUAGCUGUGGUCACGAUGGCAUAUGAAGAACAGAGCAAAGCUACUAUUGCUGAAACAGAGGCAAAAGAGAGGAAAUUUCGGGAAGCCAUGGAGAUGCUAAAAAAAGAGCAGGAGGAUUUAGCUGCCAAAGAAAAUGAUAGCAUGUCGCACAGCUCCUUUGAUGUAUCACCGAUAGCAUCCAAAGAGGUCAAAGAACGAAGCAACAGAAUGAAGAAGCUGUCUUUAGGAAUGGAAGAUUAUGGAGAGGAGCAAAAAACACCUCAGUCUUACUCUAGUGAAAGUCAUCAGAAAUUGGCUGUCCUUACCCACAGUUAUGCUCCUAGUUCAAAUCCAGCGAAACGUCGACCUAGCCAUGGCAGUGUAUUCAAUUUCCAUGUACCAAGGACUGAAUUUGGGGAGGAUGAUUCUAGCAGUGCUGGGGAGAUGGAGAGCCACCGUGGCUUGCUGCUGGCUACACGGAUGGGGAGGCGGCCAAGCAUCCAAAGCCAAGCCAGCUACAGUUCUCGCCCAGGGACUCCGAACUACAUGAUGCCUGGCCGAUGGAGCACCGGAGACGAGUGCAACGGGCCGAUCUCAUUGAUGGGGAGCAGUGGAGUAAGGCCACUCAAAGAACCCAUUUCAGGGGAAGGGGCGUUGCUUCCCCCAGUUAUGGAAAACCCCGGUAAAGGAGAUCUGAAUCCUUCAUAUGAUGAAGCCAAAAAGAUGCUCCAAAGUCACCGUCUGUCUGUGGAUCAUUACAACCGUCCGCUUCAAAGGCAGAGGGCAGCCAGUGCCGUCAGCAUCAUUACAAGUGUGCUGGAAGAACUUGAAGAAUCAAAUCAGAGAUGCCCUCCUUUUUUGAAGAAGUUGGCCUUCAGGUACCUUGUCUGGGAAUGUUGCCCAAUGUGGAUGAAAAUAAAGAAGAAAGUGAGCAUUUUUGUGAUGGAUCCAUUUACUGACCUCACAAUCACACUUUGCAUUGUGAUUAAUACUCUUUUCAUGGCUCUGGAACACUAUAAAAUGACGCCCGGGUUCAAACUCAUGCUUUCCAUAGGGAACAAGAUUUUCACAGGAAUUUUCACUGCAGAAGUGAUCCUGAAAAUUAUUGCAAUGGACCCCUAUUACUAUUUUCAGCAGAGUUCAAAUAUCUUUGAUAGUAUUGUUGUUUUUAUCAGCAUCAUUGAACUGAGCAUUCCCAGCGAACCCCAAAAAGCAGACAAGGGAAAAAGAGGCGGAAAGAAAGGCACCUUCACCGUUUUACGUACCUUGCGGCUGCUGCGUGUCUUCAAAUUGGCCAAGUCUUGGCCCACCUUAAACACACUUAUCAAAAUCAUUUUGAAUUCCAUCAAUGCCUUGAGCAACCUCACCUUGGUUUUGGCCCUCAUCGUCUUCAUCUUUGCUGUUUUCGGGAUGCAGCUCUUCGGCAACAGCUAUAGGUUAGGUCGCUGCAAUAUCACUUCCACGUGCAAACCACGAUGGCAUAUGGAGGACUUUUUCCACUCCUUCCUGGUUAUUUUCCGGAUUCUGUGCGGAGAAUGGAUUGAGACCAUGUGGGGUUGCAUGGUGGUGGCAGAGCCACCCUUGUGCCUCUUCGUUUUCCUCUCGGUGAUGGUGAUCGGAAACCUGGUGGUCCUCAAUUUGUUCAUUGCGCUCCUGCUGAACUCCUUCAGUGCUGACAACCUCACCCAACUCCCUGAAGAAGACAGAGAGACGAACAACCUCAAGAUCGCCUGUGCUCGAAUCCACCGAGGGCUUCAGGGAGCAAAACAGUGGAUGUUGACUUUUUGUUUCAAAGCCUUUGGCUACAAGAAAAAAGCAGCCCAAAAGAAAAUAAAAUGCGACACGGAGAAAAACGGGCUGGAGCUUACGAAGGACGGACUGCAUUCCAAUGAGAAAUACAGUAAUGGAGGGAAUGAGAAGAUGGGAGAAAAGUACUCCAUGAAUAAUAUCCUGGAUGAUUACAUUAGGAAUCCCAGUGUGUUUGUCUCCGUCCCCAUUGCCCAUGGGGAGUCAGACAGUGACGGUUCUGAAGAUGCUGCGGAUAAGCAAGAUACGGUCAUAGAGACAGAUCCUACCAAACAGCAGGAAAACCAGCUGCGACUGAGAGGAGAGCGAAUGAAGAACUCCGAUGCCUGGAGCCGGGCCUCUGAAACCAGUUCUCCUGGAGAGUUAAGUAUACAGUGGAAAGCUGGAUCAUCAUCAUCGAAAUUAAAAGAGGCUGAUGUCACCAGCUGUUCCGAAGGCAGCACUAUAGACAUACCUGAUCCCGAUGAAUUCUUGAAGAACAUCCCUGAAUUAGCUGAAGAUUCAAAGGAGCCUGAUAAUUGUUUCCCAGAGAGAUUUACUCGUCAUUAUCCUUGGUGUUCAGUCAAUACCACAAAGUUUCCAGGCAGAAUGUGUUGGAAUCUAAGAAAGACGUGUUACCAAAUUGUAGAGCACAACUGGUUCGAGAGCUUCAUUGUAUUCAUGAUUCUGCUCAGUAGUGGAGCUCUGGCAUUUGAAGAUAUUUACUUGACUGAGAAACCAAGAAUUAAAAUGAUGUUGGAAUAUGCUGACAAAAUCUUCACCUAUAUCUUUAUCUUGGAGAUGCUGCUGAAAUGGGUGGCCUAUGGAUUCCAUAAAUAUUUCACAAAUGCCUGGUGCUGGCUGGAUUUCCUAAUAGUAGAUGUCUCUUUAGUCUCACUCGUAGCCAGUCUGGCUGGGAAAUCUGAGAUCGGUGCCAUGAAAUCUCUCCGGACCCUGAGAGCUUUAAGGCCAUUAAGAGCUUUGUCACGAUUUGAAGGGAUGAGGGUGGUGGUCAAUGCCUUGCUUGGAGCCAUCCCUUCCAUUAUGAACGUCCUUCUCGUCUGCCUCAUUUUCUGGCUCAUCUUCAGCAUUGUGGGCGUCAGCCUCUUUGCCGGAAAGUUUGGGAAAUGCAUUAACAUGACUGAAGCCAAUUCCACCAUAAACGAUGCACUGAUUAAAACAAUGGCCGAUUGCAGAAAAGUAAAUAAUACUCGACAACAAAGGUUGUACUGGACAACAGUUAAAGUGAAUUUUGACAAUGUUGGGUCUGGUUAUCUGUCUCUUCUACAAGUGGCAACAUUCAAAGGUUGGAUGGACAUCAUGUAUGCUGCAGUAGAUUCUGUAGAUACUGAACGGCAGCCCCAAUGGGAAUCUAACAAAUAUAUGUACCUCUAUUUUGUGAUAUUUAUUAUUUUUGGAUCUUUCUUCACUCUGAACCUUUUUGUUGGUGUCAUCAUUGACAAUUUUAAUCAGCAGAAGAAAAAGUUUGGUGGAGAAGACAUCUUCAUGACAGAAGAACAGAAAAAGUACUAUAAUGCCAUGAAAAAACUGGGAUCCAAGAAGCCUCAGAAACCCAUCCCAAGACCAUUGAACAAAUACCAAGGAUUCAUUUUUGACAUUGCAACCCACCAAGCAUUUGAUAUCAGCAUCAUGGUCCUCAUCUGCCUUAACAUGGUCACUAUGAUGGUGGAAGCAGAUGAACAAUCUGCAGAGAAGACAUACGUUCUUAGCAAAAUCAAUGUCCUCUUUAUCACAAUCUUCACAGCAGAGUGUGUCAUGAAGCUUGUGGCUCUGAGAUACUAUUAUUUCACCAAUGGAUGGAACAUUUUUGACCUGGUUGUUGUGAUCAUGUCAAUUGUUGGUAGUGUGCUUUCUGGCAUUGUGGUUUCUUUCUCACCUACUCUUUUCCGGGUGAUCCGUUUGGUGAGGAUAGGACGAAUCCUGAGGCUCAUCCGCUCUGCGAGAGGAAUCCGCACGCUCCUUUUUGCUUUGAUGAUGUCCCUCCCGGCUCUGUUCAACAUUGGUCUCCUGCUUUUCCUAGUUAUGUUCAUCUAUGCCAUUUUUGGCAUGGCCAACUUUGCACAUGUCAAAAUGGAAGUUGGGAUUGACGACAUGUUCAACUUCAAGACCUUUGGGAACAGCAUGCUCUGCCUUUUCCAAAUCACGACGUCCGCUGGCUGGGCUGAACUUCUCAGCCCAAUUUUGAACACUGGGCCUCCCUUUUGUGACCCAAACCCCGUUUCACAAAGGGGGGACUGUGGGAACCCUGCCUUAGGCAUCAUGUUCUUUGUCACGUACAUCAUUAUAACCUUUCUCAUCGUUGUGAACAUGUACAUUGCAGUUAUUUUGGAGAAUUUCAACGUUGCCACCGAAGAGAGCACUGAACCUUUAGGCGACGAUGACUUUGAAAUGUUUUAUGAAGUGUGGGAAAAGUUUGACCCCCUUGCCACUCAGUUCAUCCCAUAUGCAAAACUGUCUGACUUUGCAAAUACUCUGGCAGCCCCCCUGCGUAUACCUAAACCAAACAAACUUGAGCUCAUAACAAUGGAUCUCCCAAUGGUGAGCGGGGACAGGAUCCAUUGCUUGGAUAUCCUCUUUGCUUUCACCAAAAGGGUGCUUGGAGACUCCGGAGAGAUGGAUACCCUUAAGGUUCAAAUGGAGGAAAAAUUCAUGGCAGCCAACCCAUCCAAGUCAUCUUAUGAGCCCAUCAACACCACUCUCCAAAGGAAAUAUGAGGAGAUGGCUGCCGUUACCCUCCAAAGGGCCUUUCGGAGUCACUUGCUUCAACGGUCCAUGAAGCAGGCCUCAUUCUUACACCGUCAAAAAACCAGUGACGGAGACAUCCUCGAAGAAGAUGCUCCGGAAAAAGAAGGCCUCAUUGCACAUCUCAUGAAUGAAAACUAUAUCACCAGCCCUGACAAAACCCGAACACCAUCCUUAGAAUCCAUCCCUCCAUCCUACCAUAGUGUUACUGGAACCCUGGGUGAUGGUGCCGAAGGGGAAACAUCCAAGGCUCUUAAACAUGAAGAACCUAGAGAUGGACAUCUGUCUCCAAGGAAGGAUAAGGAAUCUAACAUGUAGAUAUUCCUUUCUCAAAGACACCUUAAAAUUACAUUAAAACAGACACUAAACAAAAGCUAUCGCAGCCUGCAAAAGAAUCUGAGCAGACUGUAGCUUCGAGAUCGUAGACAUUUACCAUUUUUGAACAUAUUGCUCAUUCUUUGGCCUGCAUGAAUAAGAAAGACCUGGGAAAGGUCAUUGUGACUUUGUAUCAGGACCAUCUCUUAGAUCCAGAAACCCAUCAAGGUGAGGAUGGAGCAGUUCUCCUCUUGAUGUAGCAAAAUGGGUUUGUGGCUAAAUAGAUGAUCACCAUUGAACGAGACUCCAGGAAAUAAAGGGCUCAGUCACUGGAACAGCCUAGAUAGCAUGGCACGGGGGUUGUGCAGCUAAAUGAUUGCUAGCAGAUUUAUCUAGUUGGACCCCACAAGUAAUUAUUUGUUAGGCCCAAUUUGCUAUGAAUGAUUUCUUUAGCCCACAAAGGGUAUGCAUUUAAAUGAAUUUAUUUUGAUACAAUUCCAAACAGUUAUAGAUUAAGUUGGGGUAGCAGGGAGGCCAACUUCUUUAUCACUGUGUUACAGUAUGGUAUAGAAAGUUAUAAUUUAUUAAUUUGGAAAGAUACAGGACAAAUAGAACUAAAUGGAAAGCUGUCUAUAUGUCAAUGCAAUAUUAUUAUUAUAUUGUUUAUAUUCAUGGAAUUUUUUUGUGAUAAAACAAAAACUGAUCAUCAAUGAUCCAAGGAGCUUACAAUGUAGCUAUUGCAUGAUUUGCUGAUAUGACACCUUCUACUGGAAAUAUGACAACCAUACUCAGAAUUACCAUGACGUGUAUACAUGAUUGUCACCAUGUUACUUGCCAUUGCUAUGAAUAAUAAACAGACCGAUUAAUAUUCCA